CCCGUAGCAUCAUAGAUUCUUUUUCUUUAUUAGUUUUAUAAUUUGCCGACAACGUUUUAUCCGUGGGGCCAGCGCGUGCUUCGAUGAUCCGUGUGGUGUUGUACCGUUUUUGGCCGCCAUUCACCAGUAGCAUAUCCGUGGCCACUUCCGGCCACAGCGUCACCCGGGGAAUCGGGAUGUGAAUCCAGGAUUCCCGUAUCCGGCAGCUAUCGCAAUCGGCAGGAAAUUCUAUCUCGUCCCGGGCGGGCCAGGUCGAAGCGUUAGGUCGCGCAGUAAAAAAGGGUGAAAGCGAGAGGGAGAAAGAGUGCGCGCGGCAGAGACGAGCAACAGCGCCGGAAUAUUCGCCAUCGGAGCGAGCGAAAAAGCGAGAGCGAAAUCGUCGCGGCGAAAGAGAAAAAAGAGAGGAGUUCGCUCGAAUCCCCGUCCCCCCGGCAGCAGCAGUAGGCUGUGAAAGUGUGUGCGCGGUUAAGCGAGAAUAAUUAGUUUCGACGGGAAAAUCCGGCAAACCGUGAAGUCGACGAGGCGAAUCCGGCGAUUCCUAUCCCCCAAAAAGCAAGCAUCUCAUCUCGUCUUCCGCGCGCUGGGCAGGCGUACAGGGAAGCACACAACGGCGUUGAGAAGAAGCCAGACGCGAGACGGACCAUCCCAAAGGUGGCGAGAACGCGCAGUCUCGCUCACUCGCUCGCUCGCCAGCUGCCGUUGUCGCCGACGAGUCCGCUGUCCGUUAGUGGUGGUAGUGUAGCCUGGCCAGCGGAGCGCUAGCCCAACACUCGGGUGUUGACUUUUCCGUCAGCGGGAACGCGUUUUUACUUUAUCGGUUCAUUUUUUUUAAUAAUGAGUGAUUAUUCCAACCAGAACUCGCAAAAUUUUAGUCAAUCGUCAGCAUUUGCAGCCGCUUUACAGAGAGCCAAACAAAUUGCCGCUAAGAUACACCCGGGUGGUCCCCAGCAGCAGCAGCCACACCAACCAGUGAAGAGACCGCACGACGACCACGACUCGGGCCCAGAAUUGAAGAAGUUCGGCGGACAGUCUGAUUACAAUAAUGCAAGCUCGCCGACUGGCAUGAGUCAGGCUGCGAUGCAAGCCGCUGCUCAAGCUGCAGCCGUCGCCGCACGUUUGUCGCAGAACAGCAACAACAACCACAGCAACCUUAACUCGUCGAACGCUCCCGGCGUUGGAGCACAGGACCCGAGCCAGCGGGUGCGCGAACUGAUCAGCAAGAUGGUAAACCACGGUCCGAUGGACAACGGCAACCACCAGGGCGGUGGUGGCGGCGGCGGUGGCCGUGGCGGAGGUGGUGGCGGUGGCGGCGCUGGGGGAGGCGCGUUCGGGUCGUUCCAGGAGAUGAUGAUCCCGGGCUCGAAGGUGGGGCUCAUCAUUGGCAAGGGUGGCGAGACGAUCAAGCAGCUGCAGGAGAAGACGGGCGCCAAGAUGGUGAUCAUCCAGGAUGGGCCGGGCCAGGAGAUGGAGAAACCGCUGCGCAUUUCCGGCGACCCACAGAAGGUGGAGCACGCGAAGCAGCUCGUGUACGAGCUGAUACAGGAGAAAGAUUCCUACUCGCAGCGCCAGAACAUGAACGGGGCCGAACAGGCGGAGGUGUUUGUGCCCAAGGCGGCCGUCGGUGUCGUGAUCGGGAAGGGUGGCGAGAUGAUCAAAAAGAUCCAGGGCGAGUCGGGCUGCAAGCUGCAGUUCAUACAGGGGCGCGGCGAUGGGCCGGGCGAUCGGCGCUGUAUCGUGCUCGGGUCGAAGGCCCAGGUCGAGGAUGGCAAGCGCAUGAUCGAGGAACUGAUCGACAGUGUGCAACGCCGGGAGCAGGGUGGAGGCGGCGGUGGCGGCGGCGGUGGUGGCGGCGGUCGCGGUGGUGACGGAGGUGGUGGUGGCCACGGACGCGGCGGUCUCGGCGGUGGUGUUGGAAACCCCAAUCAGGAUAACAACUACAACAACUACAGCGGCCCGCAGGUGACGCGAUUGGAGUACACUUUCGCCGUACCGGUCUCAAAGUGUGGCAUCAUCAUCGGACGUGGCGGCGACACGAUCAAGCAGAUCAACCAGCAGUCCGGAGCGCACACGGAGAUGGACCGGAAGGCGUCGCAAAACCAGACGACAGAGAAAACAUUCAUCUGCAAGGGCGAGCAGCACCAGGUGGACGAGGCGAAGCGCUUGAUCCAGGACAAGAUCAACAUGGAGAUUAACAUGGUGUACGUCGGGUCGACGUCGGUUCCGGCCAAUCAGUACCAGAACAAUGGUUCUGGGGGAGGCGGCGGUGGUGGCGGUGGCGGUGGCCAUAAUGCUUACCAGCAACAGCAGGGCGGAUGGGGAGGCUAUCAGUCGCAGGGCUGGGAUCAGCAGCAGUCUGCGCAGGCGAACGCAGCCAACGCUGCCGCCGUUGCGGCGGCCCAACAGCAACAGCAGCAAGCCCAGCAGCAGCAACCCCAACCGGACUAUUCGCAGCAAUGGAUCGAGUAUUACAAGCAUAUGGGAAUGCCCCGGGAGGCUGAGAUGAUUGAAGCGCAGGUUAAAGUGCGCCAAGCUGCACAAGGAGCGCUACCAGCUAAUCAAAAUGUGCAAGGUCAAACAGUGAUGGCAGCGGGAGGAGCCGGAGCCCAGCAACAGCAGCAGCAGCAACAGCAGCAAGGCCAGCAGGCGGACUACAGUGCGGAAUGGGCCGAGUACUACCGACGGAUCGGUAAAAUUGAGGAAGCCGAAGCUAUCGAAAAGCAGAUAGCGUCCACCAAGGCAAUGCAAGCGCAAGCCGUGGCGGCAGCUUUGGCAGCCGGUUCGGCGAACCAAGCUGGUCCAGGAGCGGCCGGUGGCCCGUAUGGUGGCGGCGGCGGCGGUGGUGGCGGCGGUCCGCAGCAGGGACCACCCGGCGGUGGUGGCUACGGUGGUCAACAGUACCAGCAGUACUAUGGCGGCGGUGGUGGUGGUGGAGGAGGCGGAGGAGGCGGCGGCGGUCAGCCCGGUUUUGCGGGCUACCCUUAUGGUGGCGGCUAUCCCGGACCGGGAGGUUCCCAAAACCAGCCGAAUGCUCCCAAUCAGGAUAAGAACUAGGGACAAAUUCUCUUCCACUGUGCGUGCGAGACACGACGACACUCUUUCGCGCGCAACAGACACACUCCUCCCGCAUAGAUUAUACACACCACCACCCACACAAGGACGACAGCCUAGCGACCACGACCUACGACGACACGAAGCGAGUUCUAUUGUGCUCGUUAGUUAAGCGUGGAUAAUGGAGAAGAGCGAUAGAGAGAAGAUGACCGGAAUGUGUGGAAGGCGGUGCAUCAAUGCCAUGCCGCGUGUCCACCACCACAAGAUCGAUCACCCACCACCAAAAGCUGCAACCUGCAUGGGAGCAGCGGCCGCAGCAGUUUUCUCCUGUUUUUGUACAGCAGCUCUUAUAACCUAGCACUACUACCUACCCCAAUGUACGCACCGGUGUUGUGUGAGACGCAUGGAUGAGACAAGCAGAGCAGAGACACGUGGAACAGUGAAAAUGCAGAACACAAAAGCAACUACCGAGACCCGCAACAACCAGCAGAAUAGAUCGAAGUUUGAAGCAAAUAAUGAUUAAUCCACACACAACACACCCACACACACACACAUCCAUUUCAAUAAUAGUUCUGUAAGCGUUUACCGCCUGUCCAUCGACACGGUAACACAUUUAGUAGCGUUUAGUAGCAAUUAUUAUAUACUUACUGGAUAAUGCAAAAAGAGCAAACUCAUUCAAACAAAUAAAUCAACAAAACUCUGCAACAGAAGCAAGAAGCAAAAAAGAAGAAGUAGUAAGGUGGGAGGUGGGACACGUCGUUUCUUUUAUCACAUCUCGACCAACUCCGUCCACGUGGAGGAGGUGGUACAGUGCGCCAUCAUCGUCGUAGCACACCAGCAGCGCAGCAACCAGGAUUACCUUCCGCCAGCGGUGCAGGCAGA